UUUGCGUGCUGAUUCAGCUAGAAUCUGAUGGACUUUAAAAUUUUGGUUGCAGGAACAGCAAGCUUACACAAAUCCUGAAAGAUUCCUUAGGUGCUGGUUCGAAGGUUUUGAUGCUUGUGCAUGUCAGCCCAUGUGAAGAAGAUGUUGGGGAGACGAUAUGUUCUUUGAGCUUCGCUAAGAGAGCUAGAGCUAUAGAGUGUAAUAGGGAAUUAUCAGAGGACUUGAAGAGGCACAGGGAGAAAAGGGUCAAGGAACUUGAAGAAAACAUGAGAGAAGCUGAAGAAGAAUGCCAUAAACUUAAAAACCAGAUACAAAAGGUCGAUUUGCUGUUCCGCGAAAACAGAAAGCUCUUCUCAACCACUUAUGGACCUUUAGAAGAUGAGAAGGCCCCCAUUAGUCCCAAAGAAUAUCUGAAGGAAGCUGUAGAAACACCACGAAAGCCUGAGAAAACAAGUAAAGGCAAUGUUUCAAAUUCAUUGCCUCGGUUCAUGACUUCCACUGCAGCUAGUCGACAAAGGCAAAGUGCUGCAGAAAGAGAAGUUGUUGGUAAGGCAAGAAGUUUGAGGUCUGUGGCCAGAAGUUCAAUCCAAUUCACAGCCUCACAAUCAAUGAGUUACUCAGAUCCUCAAAUCAAAGCAAUCUUACAAAACGCAAACAGAAAAUCACGAUACGCCCAGGAAGCAGCAGAUACUUUUCCUGCAGAAAGCCCGAAAUGCAAUGUAUCGGAAUCAUCCAAGACGAGAAGCAAGUUGAUCACCUCAUCUGAUCCAAACUUGAGAGUUACACUUGGUCGUCAUAGAAGAAGGAUGUCUGAUCUAAUCUAACUGUCUGAGAUUGAGGAAGGAUAAGAUGUGGUAUAGUAAGAAUAAGAUGUGGUAUACUAAGAAUAAGAUGUGCGUGCGUGUUUUUGGGUUUAUACUUCAUAGUUUGAGUUUUGUGUGAUUAUGUAUGUUACUACUAGGGUUGCUUCAACUGGGGUCUGUUAAUUAUUUGUUUACACGAUCCCUUAUACACUGAUUUUGUCAGGCUUGCUGAUUUAUGUUCAAUUAAUUGUUAACAGAAUUUUGUAA